AUGAGUAUCCUAAAAGACACCGAGGACAGGAAAAUGAGUUCCAUUAAAGUGCGUAACGAUGAAAAUUCACGUAAAAUACACUAUAACUCCGAUCACUUGCCUUCGGAGUUUUUCUGGAAGAAGAAAAAGGCUUUAAUGAACAUAGAUGCAAAUAUGCCUACUGUCAAAAAACGCACCGCAGAAGAACUGAAAGCGGAGAUUAAAAGGGUCCAAAAGUUAUUAGAUUAUUACCGGAAACAUUGCAAGUGUAUCCCACGGGAUGUUAUGGACAGAUAUGCAAGAGACAUUUUUCAAUCGAAAGCCAUUCCAAAUAGACAAACGAAUUUUAAAAUUAAGACCGCAAAUGAAAAUUAUUCGGUUGUUACAUUGACACAAAGAGGAGCGGCGAAUGUAUCAAAAAGAAUUCGACAGAAACACAAAUUAAACGCUGUUCGUAGGGAAAUGGUGUCCAUCGGUGAAGGUAAUGUACAAGUUCCGGCAAGAGUAUUAAAAAAUAUCAAUUGGUCUUCCUACACAGCCGCUACAAGAAAAUUGUUGAAUGCUGUUUUCUCGCAUCGGGAGCUUGCCACUCACUCUCUGACGGGAAAACCGUCUCCUGCGUUUCCGGGUAGACCCCCAAAGAAGAAACUGAACCCCAUCCUUAUUAAUGACAUUGUACAGACUGUUAUGGAUCGUUGCAACGUUCCAGAAAGUGUCGUAAGGACCAGUAUUACGACUAAGUGCGCAGAUGAAAGUAAAAUGUACCGCGCAAAGAAACAAAAGAAAAAUAAACAUCAGUACAAUAGAAACAAGGAGAAUCUACCUGCCACCUCAGAUUUCGAGGAAUGGUCUGGGACUGACUACUCGUACAUAACUAGCGAUGACAAUAGCGAUGGAGCGUGGUAG